GGAGAGGGAGGCGGAGAGGAGGGAGGUGAUGGUGGGAGGAGGAAGGGAGGAGCGACCAACCCUCUCUAACACACCCAAGUGACCAGAUUCAUCAUAGCACGAAACUUCACAAGUUACACCCACUGCCUCCGCCAGCAGCCGGGGAAGGCUGCUGCUUCCUCAUUUGUGUUACUGGAAGUUCGAGACAUGUGAAGCCAGACCGGGAGAAACGUGCGCGCCUUGUUGAGCAGGGGUAGAAUCACUGUGGACUGAGACCCACCUUUCUAGACCUGAAGCCCAGGAGGAGGAAGAGGAGGCUGGUUGGUACCAUGGGGGAUGAUGCUCUGAAUCCUAGCGUCUCACCUAGUAUGUGAGCAGUCCCUGCAGAUGGCACAUUUGGAGAUCUUGACAAAGCCUCUUCUGUUUCCAAUGGGGUUUUUGGCGCAUUCUCACAGACUUAGAUGAAACUGUGAUGGCCACCCCAGGGCGCAGGUGCUGACAUCGUCCCCAGCCCAGUGGCUGUUCAUCCAGACAUCAUUUCCAACCUCAAUAUCUAAAUGCCACAGUGCUCUUGGAGCAAGUUGGGCUGGGGACCACUGUUGCCUUUUAAGACCAUAAAACCAUGGGAAACGCAGAAAGUCAACAUGUAGAGCACGAGUUUUAUGGAGAAAAGCAUGCCAGCCUGGGGCGCAAGCACACGUCCCGCUCCCUCCGCCUCUCGCACAAGACGCGGCGGACCAGGCACGCUUCCUCCGGGAAGGUGAUCCACAGGAACUCCGAAGUAAGCACCCGCUCCAGCAGCACCCCCAGCAUCCCCCAGUCCCUGGCUGAAAAUGGCCUGGAGCCCUUCUCCCAAGAUGGUACCCUAGAAGACUUCGGGAGCCCCAUCUGGGUGGACCGAGUGGACAUGGGCUUGAGACCUGUGUCUUACACUGACUCUUCUGUCACUCCCAGCGUAGACAGCAGCAUCGUGCUCACGGCAGCCUCUGUGCAGAGCAUGCCAGACUCUGAGGAGAGCAGGCUUUACGGGGAUGACGCUACAUAUUUGGCUGAGGGAGGCAGGAGGCAGCAUUCCUAUACAUCCAAUGGGCCCACUUUCAUGGAGACGGCGAGCUUUAAGAAGAAACGCUCCAAAUCUGCAGACAUCUGGCGGGAGGACAGCCUGGAAUUCUCACUCUCUGAUCUGAGCCAAGAACAUUUAACAAGCAACGAAGAAAUCUUGGGUUCCGCGGAAGAGAAGGACUGCGAGGAGGCUCGGGGGAUGGAAACGCGGGCGAGUCCGCGGCAGCUCAGCACCUGUCAGAGAGCCAAUUCCUUGGGUGACUUGUAUGCUCAGAAAAACUCUGGAGUGACAGCAAACGGAGGGCCGGGGAGCAAAUUUGCAGGCUACUGUCGGAAUUUGGUGUCUGAUAUUCCCAAUCUUGCAAACCAUAAGAUGCCACCAGCUGCUGCUGAAGAGACUCCUCCGUACAGUAAUUAUAACACACUUCCCUGUAGGAAAUCUCACUGUCUCUCUGAAGGUGCCACCAACCCACAAAUUAGCCAUAGCAACAGCAUGCAAGGCAGAAGAGCUAAAACAACUCAGGAUAUUAAUGCAGGCGAGGGCAGUGAGUUUGCAGACAGUGGGAUUGAAGGGGCCACCACCGACACGGACCUCCUGUCCAGACGAUCCAAUGCCACCAACUCCAGCUACUCACCGACCACAGGCCGGGCCUUUGUGGGCAGCGACAGCGGCAGCAGCUCCACCGGGGAUGCGGCUCGUCAGGGGGUGUACGAGAACUUCCGGCGGGAGCUGGAGAUGAGCACCACCAACAGCGAGAGCCUGGAGGAGGCCGGCUCAGCGCACAGCGAUGAGCAGAGCAGCGGCACCCUGAGCUCCCCGGGCCAGUCGGACAUCCUGCUGACUGCCGCGCAAGGCACGGUGCGCAAGGCCGGCGCCCUGGCCGUCAAGAACUUCCUGGUGCACAAGAAGAACAAGAAGGUAGAGUCAGCCACCCGGAGGAAGUGGAAGCACUACUGGGUGUCCCUGAAAGGAUGCACGCUAUUUUUCUACGAGAGCGACGGCAGGUCUGGGAUAGACCACAACAGCAUCCCCAAACACGCCGUCUGGGUGGAGAACAGCAUUGUGCAGGCGGUGCCUGAGCACCCCAAGAAGGACUUUGUCUUCUGCCUCAGCAAUUCCCUGGGUGAUGCCUUCCUUUUUCAGACCACUAGCCAGACGGAGCUCGAAAACUGGAUCACCGCCAUCCACUCUGCCUGCGCCACUGCGGUCGCAAGACACCACCACAAGGAAGACACGCUCCGACUCCUGAAAUCAGAGAUCAAAAAACUGGAACAGAAGAUUGACAUGGAUGAAAAGAUGAAGAAAAUGGGCGAAAUGCAGCUGUCUUCAGUCACUGACUCAAAGAAAAAGAAAACAAUAUUAGAUCAGAUCUUUGUCUGGGAGCAAAAUCUCGAGCAGUUCCAAAUGGACCUCUUUCGUUUCCGCUGUUAUUUAGCCAGCCUGCAGGGUGGGGAGCUGCCAAACCCCAAAAGGCUUCUUGCUUUUGCAAGUCGACCAACGAAAGUGGCCAUGGGCCGCCUUGGAAUCUUUUCCGUAUCAUCGUUUCAUGCCCUGGUGAGUAGAAGGCAGCAACCGCACUGUGAAUCUGGAGUGAGCAGACGUACUCAGGCAUGCCAGCAUCCGCAAACAAGCCGAAGAGCAGGGUUUUCUUCCCUGUGGGUCUUGAUCCUAUACCAUCCAAAAGAAGCAGGGACCGUCAAGUAUCAUCAGAUCCUCUGCCUACUGGAACGAGGAGCCAGGAAUCCGAGAGAGCUUGCCUACUGCCACGGCCUCCUUCUGCUCAGGUCCAGGGGCUGGAACGGGAUUUUGGUUUCGUAUGCCCUGUUGCCCAGAUUCCUUUUUAAGAUGGUACUUUUGUAUACGCAGGUGUUUGGAGAGGGAACCGAAGCUGUAAAGAAGUCUUUAGAGGGAAUAUUUGAUGACAUUGUUCCAGAUGGCAAGAGGGAGAAAGAAGUGGUCUUACCUAACGUUCACCAGCACAACCCUGACUGCGACAUUUGGGUCCACGAGUAUUUCACUCCAUCCUGGUUCUGUCUGCCCAAUAAUCAGCCUGCCCUGACGGUCGUCCGGCCGGGGGACACUGCACGGGACACCCUGGAGCUGAUUUGCAAGACACAUCAACUGGAUCAUUCUGCUCAUUACCUGCGCCUGAAAUUUCUAAUAGAAAACAAAAUGCAGCACUAUGUUCCACAGCCCGAGGAAGACAUCUAUGAGCUGCUAUACAAAGAAAUUGAAAUCUGUCCAAAAGUCACUCAGAGCAUCCACAUUGAGAAGUCAGACACAGCUGCCGAUACUUACGGGUUUUUACUUUCUUCUGUGGAAGAAGAUGGUAUUCGAAGGCUGUACGUGAAUAGUGUGAAGGAAACCGGUUUAGCUUCCAAGAAAGGUCUGAAAGCAGGAGAUGAGAUUCUUGAGAUCAAUAAUCGUGCUGCUGACGCCCUGAACUCUUCUAUGCUCAAAGAUUUCCUCUCACAGCCCUCGCUGGGCCUCCUGGUGAGGACCUACCCCGAGCUGGAGGAAGGAGUGGAGCUGCUGGAAAGCCCUCCCCACCGAGUGGACGGCCCUGCGGACCUCGGCGAGAGCCCCCUCGCCUUUCUCACCAGCAACGCAGGGCACAGCCUCUGCAGCGAGCAGGGCAGCAGUGCUGAGACCGCUCCAGAGGAGACCGAGGGGCCAGACUUGGAAUCCUCAGAUGAGACUGAUCAUAGCAGCAAGAGUACAGAACAGGUGGCUGCAUUUUGCCGCAGUUUGCAUGAGAUGAACCCCUCUGACCAGAGCCCAUCUCCUCAGGACUCCACGGGGCCUCAGCUGGCGACCAUGAGACAACUCUCGGAUGCGGAUAAGCUGCGUAAGGUGAUCUGUGAGCUCCUGGAGACGGAGCGCACCUAUGUGAAGGAUUUAAACUGUCUCAUGGAGAGAUACCUAAAGCCUCUUCAAAAAGAAACUUUUCUCACCCAAGAUGAGCUUGACGUGCUUUUUGGAAAUUUAACGGAAAUGGUGGAGUUUCAAGUAGAAUUCCUUAAAACUCUAGAAGAUGGAGUGAGACUGGUACCUGAUUUGGAAAAGCUUGAGAAGGUCGACCAAUUUAAGAAAGUGCUGUUCUCUCUGGGGGGAUCGUUCCUGUAUUAUGCUGACCGCUUCAAGCUCUACAGUGCCUUCUGCGCCAGCCACACAAAAGUUCCCAAGGUCCUGGUGAAAGCCAAGACAGACACGGCUUUCAAGGCGUUCUUGGAUGCCCAGAACCCGAAGCAGCAGCACUCAUCCACGCUCGAGUCGUACCUCAUCAAGCCCAUCCAGAGGAUCCUCAAGUACCCACUUCUGCUCAGGGAGCUGUUCGCCCUGACCGAUGCCGAGAGCGAGGAGCACUACCACCUGGACGUGGCCAUCAAGACCAUGAACAAGGUUGCCAGUCACAUCAAUGAGAUGCAGAAAAUCCAUGAAGAGUUUGGGGCUGUGUUUGACCAGCUGAUCGCUGAACAGACUGGUGAGAAAAAAGAGGUUGCAGAUCUGAGCAUGGGGGACCUGCUUUUGCACACCACUGUGAUCUGGCUGAACCCGCCGGCCUCGCUGGGCAAGUGGAAAAAGGAACCAGAGCUGGCAGCCUUUGUCUUCAAAACUGCUGUGGUCCUUGUGUAUAAAGAUGGUUCCAAACAGAAGAAGAAACUUGUGGGAUCCCACAGGCUUUCCAUUUAUGAGGACUGGGACCCCUGCAGAUUUCGACACAUGAUCCCCACGGAAGCGCUGCAGGUUCGAGCUCUGGCGAGUGCAGACGCAGACGCAAAUGCCGUGUGUGAAAUUGUCCACGUCAAAUCCGAGUCUGAAGGGAGGCCGGAGAGGGUCUUCCACUUGUGCUGCAGCUCCCCGGAGAGCCGAAAGGAUUUCCUGAAGGCCGUGCAUUCAAUCCUGCGCGAUAAGCACAGAAGACAGCUCCUCAAAACCGAGAGCCUUCCCUCAUCCCAGCAAUAUGUCCCUUUUGGAGGGAAAAGAUUGUGUGCACUGAAGGGGGCCAGGCCGGCCAUGAGCAGGGCAGUGUCUGCCCCAAGCAAGUCUCUUGGGAGGAGGAGGCGGCGGCUGGCUCGAAACAGGUUUACCAUUGAUUCUGAUGCCGUCUCCGCAAGCAGCCCGGAGAAAGAGUCCCAGCAGCCCCCCGGUGGUGGGGACACUGACCGAUGGGUAGAGGAGCAGUUUGAUCUUGCUCAGUAUGAGGAGCAAGAUGACAUCAAGGAGACAGACAUCCUCAGUGACGAUGAUGAGUUCUGUGAGUCCGUGAAGGGCGCCUCAGUCGACAGAGACCUGCAGGAGCGGCUUCAGGCUGCCUCCAUCAGUCAGCGGGAAAGAGGCCGGAAAACCCUGGAUAGUCACGCGUCCCGCAUGGCGCAGCUCAAGAAGCAAGCUGCCCUGUCGGGGAUCAAUGGAGGCCUGGAGAGCGCAAGCGAGGAAGUCAUUUGGGUUAGGCGCGAAGACUUUGCCCCCUCCAGGAAACUGAACACUGAGAUCUGACUGUGUCACCUGCCCCGUAGAGAAUGUGUGUAGAUACUUCCUGCCCUAACUCUGCCCACCCUCCUGUACCGUCGACAAGAAUGUCCCCUUAGGCCGCGCUCUUGCACACACGGUUUUGGCAGCUGACUUGGUUCUGAAGCCAUGUAGCCACCCAACUUUGUCAUUUUCAACGACAUCAGAAAUAAUUCCUCAGAAUCCCAAAUAAGCUUGAGUCCUAUCUUCUGUAUAUUACUAAGGGCUUUUAUUUAUUCUCAGUUAAUCAGGGCCUGAACAAUUAAAAGAAAAAAGAUUCUAUAGCACUGGAAAGCAGAUCACCCCCAGGAGUUAACAGAUGUACAGCAGAUUAAUUUAAGGGAUAGUAGCACACACACGAUCCUUCUAUCUGAAAUCAGUCCCUAGUUGGGAAACCUCUUUCAAACACAAAAUGAAAUGAAAUGUGUACAGCUUGCAGUGUUCUGACUGUACCCUUCCCUCUUCCAUGUCUCAGAAUCUCUGUGUAUUUUAAGAAUGUGUGAGGAGAGGGUGGCAAUUCAUGUUUCAAUGAGCCUUUUUUUUCCCUUCCUGUUUUGGUCUAUAGCUGGUCUUACUCUGUGUCCAUGUUCGGAAGCUCUAGUUUUGCAUAGAAUUAUAGAGAUGCCAAACUCUUUGAAAAGAGAUCCAAAUUUAUCGCUUGAGAGAAAGAAGAAACACUAUUUUUUGUAUUUUACCUGAGAUACAGGGGCACAAAUAGAUGAGGAUUUUACAGUGUUAGUGUAACCCUGAGCCUAAAAAAUGAGGAUAUAACCUUUUACAGAGAGAGUGAGGUGUGGUGGUUUUAUAUUUAUACAUGAAAGGCCAACAAGCUCAUGCUAAGGAUAGACUUUUCUUCCAAGAAGCGGAUUUUUUUUUUUCUUUUUAAUGUUUGAAUCUGUAUUUGAGCUGGGAGUUUGGUUGGAUUAAACAUGACACCCAGGUGGGCGGGGGUGUGUGUCUGUUGCACAUGGCAGGGAGGGGAGCCUCCUUCUCAUGGGGUUGCCAUGGUGAUCAUUGGUUUUUCCAUUAAAAUUGCAUCUUCAUCCAUAGAUUACCUUCCCCUUCCCUGACAGUUCAUAACCAAACCUUUAAACAGAACAGCCUCUUUAAAAACUUCUCUUGUGUUGAACACUUUCUUCAUGCCAACGAAACAGGGUAAACACGCUCAACACAUUAAUGGUCUAAACAGAUAUCCAAAUACUAAGAAGAAAAACAAGUUAUAGCACUUUCAAUUUUUUUUUUUUAAAAAAAAAAGGUUUAUAGCUUUUUCUUUUCCCAUGUCACAAUGUCCACUUCCUAAGAAGGGUUUAAAAUACUAUGAAAACUUUCUUUUUGGGGAAAAUAUCUAUUUGGUGUUUGACACAUCAGUAGGUACUUUAGACCUGGAUUUUAUAGUAGCUUUAGGAGUUAUAUUUUAUAAAAAUUAGUUAUGACUUUAUAUUUCCAGACAAUAGAGAGUUCAGUACAUCAUGCUCUUGUGCCUCUGCCUGCUUUUCCUGCGUUCCCACCCUGUAUCCCCGUCCCCCCGCCUUUCGGGUUUCCAGGGCUUCGAGCUUGAUCUUUUGAAAGUUUUAUUCUAUUAAAUUUUUGCUAUAUCUUCUGGUUUUCUUAAAAAGCUUUAGAAUGGUUUCUAUACCCUUUGUACCACUGCAUUUUUCCAUAUCAUCUCCGGUUCGAUCGCGUCCAGAUGGAAAACGGAAGCAGAGGCUUCUAAUCGUCGCAUUUACUGGUUCCAGUGCAACACAUCCAUCUGAAAACACUCGGAAGUCUGGUGCUUGGAGAGGGUGCCAUUGUCUCUUGUACAUAAGGUCAUGAUGUGUCUAUGUCAAAAGUUCUUAUAUAUUUCUUUUAUAAGCUGAAAGAAGGUCUAUUUUUAUGUUUUUAGGUCUAUGAAUGGAACGUUGUCAAUGCUUGUCAAACAAUAAAAAUACUGAAAAGUGUC